CUCUCUCCAAAUUACCUCUCUUCUUUCUUUCUGUCACUGCCACAGAAGCUCAGUCUCUUCACCCAUGGCUUCCACCCCGUCCUCCAUGGCUUCAAUCUCUCUCCUCCUCCUCUCUCUGUCCCUCCUCUUCCAAACCCACCUCUCUCUCCCCCCCUUCGACGACUUCCACGACCUCCUCCCUCCGUACGGCUUCCCGAAGGGCCUCAUCCCCUCCACCGUCAAGUUCUAUUCCAUAUCAGAGUCCGGCGAAUUCGACAUCCACAUGCACCACUCCUGUUACGUUCAGUUCAACAGGCUUGUCUUCUACGACAAGAAGAUUAGGGGCCGUAUCGAAUAUGGGUCCGUCACCAAUGUCACCGGGAUUCAAACCAAGAAGCUCUUCUUUUGGGUCCCUGUCACCGGAAUCGAUUCCGCAUUAGGGUUCCUUCGGUUUCACAUCGGUCCCUUGUCGGAGAAGCUGCCGGCGAAACAGUUCGAAAUGGUCCCCAUUUGUAAGCACAAGGUUUUGACUCAGGCCUUUGAGAGGUGAACCCUACCUCAUCCCCAUGGCCUCCAGCCUCACAUUUAGUUUAGAUUUUUCACUUUCAUUCACUUAUGGGUAAGGACAAAUUGGUAAUUUGAUUUCAUCUUGUCGAGUGAUUAGUUAAAUUAUCAAUUUGAUCUAAAAGGUUAAAUAGUUAGAUAAUAGAAAUUAUUUGAUAUUAUGUAUAAUGACUAGUUAUGAAGGGACUUUUUUUGAUUUUAUAGGUAGGUCCAAUCUAUUGCUCUUUCCUUACCCCUAUUUAUUUUUAGGGGUCGGACCAUAGGUACAACUUUUGUAACUUUGUCGAAUAUUCGUAGAUCCGAUGGUUUGUAUUUGAAAGGUUGCAAUUUCUUAACUAUUGUAGUUUCUAGUCUAAUGGUUUAAUUUAAUACAUUCUUUGUUUUUA